GGAAAUAGAUAAAAGUACAUGCAUGAAGGAGAAAUAAAAUGGGAAAGAGGGAGAAGACUGCAUUAAAUCAAAGCCGUGUUGACGGGGUACGCGUAAGCUCUGGAGGGUGUGUAUAUAAGAAGGCAAACCAAGUGGGGAGCUAGGUAGAUGAUUAACCAGCUGGGAGCGAAUUGAAGGCUGAGUUAUGGCUACCAUCAUUUGCUCCAAUAGCUUCCUCAGCUUUCUUUUGCAUUGUCUUCUUAUAGUAGGGUUGGAGCUUUGCUUUUACGAGAAAGGUUAUGGCGUAGAAGGCAGGCCGCAGGCCGUAAAAAGCCACCAACUUCAUCAUCCCCAUGCUCAUCUCCUCCAUCUCAGCUCUCUACUGCCUUCUUCUGUCUGCAAACCAUCCACCAAAGGUAUUAAGAAUGGGGCAUCCUUGAAAUUGGUCCACAGGCACGGCCCAUGCUCCCAACUCUCACAAAACCCAACGCCGUCUCUCGCCCAAGCCCUCGCCCAAGACCAAUCCCGAGUCGACUCAAUUCACUCAAAGCUCACCUCCCCAGGAGACAACUUCACCAGCUCCGACGCCACCCUCCCCGCCACCUCCGGCCGCCCCCUCGGCACCGGCAACUACGUCGUCACCGUCGGCCUCGGCACCCCCAAAUCCGACCUCAUCCUCGCCUUUGACACCGGCAGCGACCUCACCUGGACCCAAUGCCAACCUUGCCCCGCCAAAUCCUGCUACAACCAAACCAACCCACUCUUCAACCCCUCGGCCUCCGCCUCCUAUUCCAACACCACCUGCAACUCCACCGCCUGCAAAAAACUCGCCUCGGCCACUUCCAAGCCCCCCGGCUGCUCUGCUUCCACCUGUGUCUACACAAUCGUCUACGGCGACCAGUCCUACUCCCAAGGCUGGUUCGCCACGGACACGCUCACCCUCUCGCCCUCCGACGUUUUCCCAGGUUUCCAGUUCGGGUGCGGCAAAAACAACAACGGACUCUUCGGAGAAACCUCCGGUCUGCUCGGGCUCGGGCGCAACGACAUCUCCGUCGUGUCCCAAACUGCUCAAAAAUACGGCCGGGUUUUCUCCUACUGUCUUCCGUCGGCGGCGGGUUCGACCGGGCAUCUCACCUUCGGAACCAAUGGUGGUGGUUUUAAUAGCUCUGUGAAGUUCACGCCGUUGACGGCUAACUCGCGGUCCUCGUUCCACUCUUUGGGGUUGGUGGGAAUAAGCGUCGGCGGGCAGAAGUUAUCCAUUGCGCCGACGGUAUUUUCAUCGUCAGGGACUAUAAUAGACUCCGGGACCGUCAUCACCCGACUGCCUCCGACGGCGUACGCGGCCCUCCGGUCGGCUUUCCGGCAGAAAAUGUCGAAUUACACGUUGACGGAUCCGUAUGAGCUGUUUGACACGUGCUAUGACCUCAGCAAAUACGACACCGUGUCGGUACCGACGGUAAGCCUGUUAUUCGGCGGCGGCACCGAGGUGCCGGUGGACGCGUUGGGAACCCUUUUGGGGCCGAGCACGGCGCAGCUCUGCCUGGCUUUUGCGGGGAAUAAGAAUGACAACGAGGUGGGCAUCUUCGGAAAUUUACAGCAAGUAACAUAUGACGUGGUGUACGACGUCGCCGGGGGGAAAGUCGGGUUCGGAGCGGGCGGCUGCGAUUAAGCUGAUCGCUUCAGCUAAAGGACUUCUAAAUUAGUUAUUGUUCUAAGCAAGCACAGUGAUUUCAAUUUAGUUAUUGUCAUCAGCAAGUAUGGAUUUUCGACUAGAAAGAUUUGUACUAAAAUAUUUAUUUUUACCAAGAAUAAAAACUCAGAAAUAGAAGAAUAAAAA